UUUUAAUAAUUGACCUAUAUAAACAGUUUGUAAGAAUUUGAAUAUUUGCUGCUUUAGUGUCUUCCAUAUUGAUAUCAAAAUUACAGAAACCAGCUUAUCUAAGACGACGACAGCCGUUACCGCCUCGAUCUCCGGUCGUUAGGGUACCAUUCCCACCUUCUUGGUGAAGAAAUCUGAGUUCUUUUUGAAAUAUAAAGUAAUUUGUGAUUCAAAGGAAUUUUGUGUGAAAUAUCUGAAUUUUAAUGGAUGCCACAACGUCCACCGCCGCCGAUUUAAGUACUGAAUGGCUCUGGGCAAUUGAGUACUUAUCAUGCUUCCCUCAAAUUCACCCCUCUACUUUACAUGAUUUGAUUGAUGAGGCUCCUGAAUUACCUGAGGAUUUAGGGAAGAACGCGAGAGAAAGGCUUUCUUUAAAAUGUUUGGAACAUUUGUUUACUGCUCAUAAUACUGAUGCACCUGCAAGUGAUGCCCCUUCGUCGUCGAACUUGAUUCCAAGAGUUACAGUUGACCUUUCUGAUAGUUGCGAAAAUGUGCUCAGAUCCGUAGAGACAUUAAUUUCUGAUUUGAAAUUGGGGGCACCGGAUUUGGAUUUGUUUAAACAGGAUAUUCGUCAUUUUAUCUUCCAGAAAAGAGCUUCCAUGCCGAUAUGUGCUCUACAACAGCUGAAAGAUGCAAUUCUUGAAGGUACCAAUCCACAUGCUUCUUCCUUGAGAGAUUUUAGUGGCCUGGUACAUGCAAAUGAUGAUAACUAUGAAAUUAAUGUUGAUUCUGAAGCUGUCCGCAAUGGCACUGACAUUCAAAAUAUGGCACCAGAAGGAUGCAACAUUCAUUUUCCAAUUGUGAGCGGCGAUUACCAUCAGAAAAAUUUAUUACCCUUGAAAAGAAAUGGAAAUAUCUUGGAUAAUGAACAGUCAGUUGAAGACAAUCAGGAAGAUCAAGGUGGCGUGAGUGACAGGGAUCUCCAUUUAGAUGCCAAGAGAUUUAAGAAUGAUGCUAAUAAAUCAGGGGAACAAACUUUAGUUCCGCAAUUUGGUAAUGAGCUGGCAGAAAAUUCAUCUGAACUGAUUAUUAGAGUUGCAAAGAGAGAUAACUGUCAUGUGGAACCAAUUGUGCAAGUAGGACUGGGUGAAUGCUGUUCUUUAGAGCAUGGCCGUGAGCAGUCUGUUGCUAUAGACGGUUUUGAGUGUUCUGCUGAUGUAAAUGAUGACUUCCAGCAAAAACAAUGUGACAAUGUUAAUAAUGCCAACAGAAAGCUAGAAUGUAUAUCUGGAGGUGGAGCUCGGCAAUGUAUCUUGGAGGAUGAAGUCAAUGGGGCUGAAUAUGGAGCAUCAAAUGUUGCAUUUUCUCUUAAAAACCCACAAAAUAUCUCCCGUGAUAAAAACAAAGAUAACCUUGAUACUGUUAAUCAGUUUAAUUCCUUGAAUGUAUUGCCUACAGUAACUAUUGCUGAAAUUUUGGAAAAUCGCUUGAAGAAUCGUUGUCAAGAAGAUUCUUCAAGUGAAAGUGGUCGCUUUAAUCAUGAGAAAAUUGAUGUUGCCAUGGAGAAGAGUCAUUUUCUGAGCUCUCAUUGUACCCUAAGUCAUGUUUCCCCGUCUAACUGGACAGAGCUAAAACUUUGUGUAAAAUGUAGCAAAGAUGAUCAGUUGUUGAUCUGUAAUGCCAUCAGUUGUCCAUUUACAGUUCAUGAAAAGUGCCUUGGUUGUUCACCGGAGUUUGAUAAAAAUGGGAACUUUUACUGCCCAUUUUGUGCUUAUGCCUAUGCCAUCUCAAAAUACCAUGAAGCUAGGGGGAAAGCUACUUUGGCAAGGAAGGAGCUAGCUGUAUUUGUUUGUGGGCAUCCUAAGAGAUCACAUACGCGGAAGCGUUGUAGCUUAGAACACAACAGAGAGGUAGGUACUCUUCACAAAAUGCAUGAGACCGGGGAUUUGGGUAAGAGAAAAUCUGAUCAAACAAAUAACAAAGUGCGUGAAUAUGUGGUCAGUGGCCAACUUAUGGAAAAAAUAGGACAUAAGCAGUCAGAGGAGCCAAUAUUAUCAUGUGAUGAUGUUAAAGUAAAAUUUAGAAAAGAUCCAGGAAAAACACAUGGGAUAAAUCAUAAUUCUCCUGAAGUAAAUGGAUCUAAAGAGACAGAUCUAGAGUGCCAACCUGGAAGAGGACUUGACAGACGAGACCAAAGGUGUCAUGGGGAUCAUCCAAUAUCCGAGGACAAAGAGGUUUUUUCUUCAAAUAAGAGUGAAGCUGAAAGAGGAAUUAAGGAUGUUCUAGAGCAACAAAGUACAAUGUUAGUAAAGACCCCUGGUUGUUAUGUUAGUUUUGAUGGAGGAGAAACUUCUGCAAAUGAAGAUGUGGAAAAUGUGAUGCCGAAUUUCUCCAUAAGUUUACGAAGGAGAGAGAUGAGAGAGGGGCAAUAUUUAUACCCAACAAUUCCUCAGUUGAAGCGGAAAAGAAUUCCAUGGACAGCCGAGGAGGAAAAGAUACUUAAGGAAGGAGUGCAAAAAAUUUCAAAAAUUGGUUCCCCAACUAUUCCAUGGACGGACAUUUUGGAGUAUGGUAGAUUGGUAUUUUCAGAUGCCCGUACUACAAUAGACCUUAAGGAUAAAUGGAGAAACAUAUGUAAAGCAAGUUCUAAAUGCAAAUAAUUUUCAUCAGUCUGUUCAAUUUUGUUAGCUGGCUCUGACUGGCCUUAUCAGGAUUAUGAUUUUGCAGAUUAGAUAAAUUUGAUCUAAACCAUGUCCACUAUUAACUAACCGAGGGAUUUAACUAUACAUUCUGCUGACUCUCUGUACUCAAGCCAGACAGCAAGAGCGAUAUAUAGUUGUGCUUGCCUGAUAAUGUGGUUCAUUUCAAGCCUUACUGUGUAUUGUUUUGGUACGGCUGGUCUUCACUUCUGUCUGACCAACAUUGUAUAGGAUAAUCUUAGACAUCAAGAAUCUCAUUGUGUGAGAUAUCUGUUGUUUUAGUUUGAUUUGUACAAAAACAUUAUAAUGUUAAUGAAAAAAGGCAUAAUCAUUAGAAUCUU